GUGACUCCGACGGGGUCGAGGAGAUCAUCAUGACGGACUCGGGCUGGAGGACCAUUGACAUUGGGGACAUGACCCUCAAGUACGUCCUCGCCAAGCUCCUCGCCAUCGUCUGGUUCACGGCAGACAGUGAGGCCCUCGAGGUCGUCUUUCAGGUCCUCU